AUGGAUCUCCUCUCCACCAUCCGCAAAACGGGCUCGCGAGGCGGCGUCAACUUCAGCUGGGACGAAGUCGCCAACUCCAGCCAUCGCGAAAACUACCUCGGCCACAGCCUCAAGGCGCCCGUUGGAAGAUGGGCCAAAGGCCGAGACCUGAACUGGUACGCCAAAUCAGACGCCACACCUGCAGACUCGGCCGAGACGGACGAAGAGCGCAAGGCCCGGGAACACAAGGAGGAGCUGCGCAGGAUCAAGGAGGCGGAGGAGGACGCCAUGGCCAGAGCAUUGGGCCUGCCGCCGCCUGUAUCAUCUGUCAAAUUGUCUUCAAAACCCAUUCUAUAA